CCAAGUGAAGGUUCUGCCUGUUGCCACACAAGCACUCAGCAUUGUCCUUGUGUAGUGAAGGGUGGCUGCUUGGACAUGAGGGCGGAAAGCCACGGGAGGAAUCGACGUAACUCGGCCGUAGACACGCAGGACAUAGUUGCUAAAGCUCCACGUUCCUUUAUGCAGAAGACAGAAAUGACAGGUCAGAGUUGCCCUGAUGAGUUUGCUACACAUCGUCAGAGUGGAAUGUUACAAGAGGAACAUGGAGUUAGAAGCGAUUGCUGGGCUUUUUUUACAGUUAGUUUGUUUGAUGAAGAAUUCGAGAUAAAGUCUGAGAGUCAGCCAUAUUUUGGUGGUUGGCCCCAGGGACCCCAUAAGUUUGUGUGUGAACAGAGACCCAAGAAAGACAGAUCUCAGAGACUGACCCAUCCUGCUAGUGAGGAACAGUGCAUUAAGUUGAUUUCUACUCCUGAAGGAGCAGCAGGUUCGGGAAGUGGCCCAGAAACACCAAUGAAGAAGCAACCGAGAGAUUUGUCCCCUGAAGCUGAAAUGGUGGAUUUCCCCAGAAACCCAGAAACAGAUACCUCCAGCACCUGUGUCCCCCAUCUCAACUCCCCAGAGCACCUCUUAGAACCAACAAAGGGUAUACAAGGAGUGCAGAGGAGGAUUUGUGGUUUGUCACCAAAGUUACUGGGACAGACUCCUAUCAACCCAGAAACAAAGGAGAAAUGUGACCUCUUAACAGAAAAUCAUGGGCUGAACACUUUUUUAUCAGGGGAAGAUAUUUCCAAAAGAAUCAAUAAAGAUGAGACAAAGCCAAAAAUGAUGGUCUUUAAAGACUGUCACCCGCCACGGUUUUACCUUGACUCUCCUCCAAGUAUUGUCCGGCAGUCUCGUUCUUACUGUCUGUCAGUUAACAGAGUAGGCUGUGCUGUGUAUUUUUACAAAGACCCUGUCCCUUCUCUCUUGCUACAUUAUCUGUCCAGCUUUUGCGUGCUAUCUUUUAACGACAGAAGAGCACUUUGGACAUUCGUGUCUCAGAGAAUGGCUGACGCUAACCUGGCUAGGACACUAACCGACGGACGGUUUAUUCCCUCAGACGAUCUAAGUGGCCAGCCGGCUGCUCACUGCUUUUUGCGAAUUUCCUCCGAUACUCAGUUUUUAAACGAGAGGUUGGAUGAAGAGCUGAAGACAUGGGGAGCCUGGGAGCCGGUGCACUGCUUGGCAGCUGAGGACACCCAGGACUUAACAAGCAGGACCCGGUGGAGCCGUGGGCCGUUAUCACAGAGCUGCCUGCCUUCUACCCAGCCAAACGUUGUGGAUCUCGGGGAGUCCCAAUAGAAAAGGCGGCAGAAGAAUCUUGGUAAAAAUGAAAAUCCUGUGAGCUGUAAAUACUUCUCAUUGCAGAGACCUCAGUAUGGUCAGAAGGAAAUGAGUGUUGACAUCGCCUGGUUGUAAUAGCGCAGAUGCGCUGCACUUGAAGAGUUGUUACCAUAGCAACCCUGUCCGUGCUAUUGCGUGUUCAAUGGUUCUCCUCAAUCGCACAUCUUUCUGUGAACUACAAAAAAGCUUGGAUUGUUGCUCCCAAGAUUUGUUCCCCAUUUCAUUAGUUAGAAUGCAUUUCAGAGCAUCCUGUUGACAGUGUGUGAGAUCCCACACACACGCCACUGGUAUGUGACCAGAGCUAGGAGUUAGGGCUGUAGGUUAUGCGGAAAUAUUGUCUAGUAACAGAUGCACUAAGAAAAGAGAGAGCACGGAUAGACACUGUGUCAUAUGCUAUCCUUGACAUCGAGAGUGGCUUUGAAACAAGCAUAUGACACUUUCCCCGGAAUCUGACGUGAUGAAGUAAACACAUCUGCUGGGAUUGUCAGUGUGUGCAUGUCUGUGCUUGAUAAGAAUGGAUGCGCAUGUGUUUGGCUUCUCCCUUCGUCUUAAAGCAUUUCGAAGGGUAAUCUGUUUGAUCUCAGUGAGAAUGCGUGUACUCAGUAGAAAUGGUUUCCUUUUUUGCCCGCUUCAGCUGGAAGACAGCAGUGGGUGCUCAGGAGGAGUUGAGAGGUCUGGAGAGACCUAGAAUUCAACAGGAGUGCUGACAGACUGUGAGGGCCAGGGAAAGGGAGCAGACUUCCGUGUUGUUCCCCAGUGGACUGUGUUGCCUCACAUCAGACAUAGUUCCCUGUAUCGAGAGGAAAGCAGUAAGACCCUCCCAGCCCUCCUGUGCUUUGUAUGACAGAUUACAGUCCAGGGAUGUGCUCCUUCAGCUGUGUGAGGUGGUCCUAAUGUGACUCAGGAGGUACCUGUGCGGGUAACAUGCAGCGAGCUGGGCUGAGAGUCUCCACGCUGGAUGUGAAUAUUCUGUGUCCAGGACAUGCUCUGUAUGCACUUUCUGUUUUAAAGUCACUGCCCCUGCUCCAGCACUCUUCAUGGCUCUGGCCUUCCCACCAACAGCCUGGUUCUGAUUCUCUUUCUCUUUCUUUUC